AUGACAUACAGUAAAUAUUGCGCUAAUCGAGAUGAGGUAACUAUCCGAGUUCGAUCCUGGCGCGGUGAGACUAUUGACCUUUCAGUCCCCAAAACUUGCACUGUUGGGGAAUUACUCGACUUUCUUACUAAUGAGUACCGUUAUAGUGAUAAAACAUGCCUUAUGUACAACAAUGUUCCUGUCAAUGUCAAUGACUAUGUGUCAGACUACCCUUACGAUAGUCUGAUGAUUGCGGAACCCAAACACAAUUCAGUUCCACAGACUCAGGGCUACAGAACUCAACAAGCUCAGAGCUUUGUUCCUUCAAAUGGACAUGAUCAUAGCAAAGUUCAUGGUAGGGGCCAAUAUCACCAGCAAUCACCACCGCAACGGGUAGAACCACAACCUUUACCAGCAAAGCAGCCGGAGGAAAAACUAGAGAAAGUGCCGAACCAAGCUAAGAGUCCUUUUCAUGUGGCACCUACGCAUAGUCGAAGGCAGGUCAACACAUACCCCAAAUUGAAUACCUCGGAUUGUGACAGGAAACAAACUCCUCCGACGUCGAGGGCGAACUCGCGCGCGUUAUUCUCGCCGGACGGAGAGUCAUCCAGAGCGCCGGUAGGGUUGUCGUCGCUAGCCCCUAAAUCCAGCAUCUCUAAGAAGGCCAGCGGUGAGCCAGAGAGCGGUGUGGCGCAGUAUCCUACAAAACUUCCAAGAAAAAACGAGAACUUUUCCGAACGGGCCAGCUCAGCUCACGGGAGUACGCAUGCGAAGGCCUUCGUCUGCUCAACGGCAAAGGAUAGCCCCGGUUCGUUGUGUGGCGCGGAGAUCACGUCGGCGUCCGGUGUUGAUAAUAGUGGGGUUCUCGGCCCCAGCGAGGGACGGCCGACGCCGCGGCAGCCAGCUCGACUGAUGAUUCACUGCUGCGUCCCGGCGCAGCGCCGCACUGUGAAUGUGGAGCUCAGCAGCGACGCAUCUAUGGCGGAUCUCAUGUUGAGUAUCGUAGCCGAGGUGCCCGAGGCGGUAACCGGCAAAUUGGUGUUUCGCGGCAAAGUUCUGCCACAGACGCCAGAAAGUAGCCUCUUUAAUGUCGGGAUUCGCGGCGAAUGCAUGGUAUUCGUAGCAUCCGGCGAAUACAGCAAUUUAGACCUCAUCUUCCUUGAGGAAAUUGAAAUGGAUGUCGACAGGAUCGAAAAGGAUAUAGAGAACUCGACUACAGAUUUGCAGAAGAAGGGAUACUAUGAGGAGCUUAUGCGUAUUUUGUUUCGCGUGGAUGGUUUGCAAAACUUGGAAGAACAGUGGAAGCAAAAGCGGAAAGACAUGGUCAAGCGCAUCACCUACCUCCAAGACAAGCUUAAUGUGGAUAGCAAGGGGUCAGUCGUGGGAGCGAACACCAAUAUAGAAUGCGGAACGUCCGCGUUUAGCUACGCUGAGGGAGCAAAAACAAGCUGA